CGGGAACCGCCCUCAGCCGGGAGCCGCCAUUUUCUGCCGGGAAAGGCGGGAAGGGGGAGAUCGAAGCCGCCGCAGCUGCACCGCGGGAUUCCCCCCACGGCUCCAGCGCCGCUCGCCAGCGCCGCUCGCAGGCUGUGACGGCCCGGGAUGGCCCGCACCAAGCAGACGGCUCGGAAAUCCACCGGCGGCAAGGCGCCGCGGAAGCAGCUGGCCACCAAGGCGGCCCGGAAGAGCGCGCCCUCCACGGGCGGCGUCAAGAAACCGCAUCGCUACCGGCCCGGCACGGUGGCGCUGCGCGAGAUCCGGCGCUACCAGAAAUCCACGGAGCUGCUGAUCCGGAAGCUUCCGUUCCAGCGGCUGGUGCGGGAGAUCGCGCAGGACUUCAAAACCGACCUGCGCUUCCAGAGCGCCGCCAUCGGCGCGCUGCAGGAGGCCAGCGAGGCGUACCUGGUGGGGCUCUUUGAGGACACCAACCUGUGCGCCAUCCACGCCAAGCGCGUCACCAUCAUGCCCAAGGACAUCCAGCUGGCGCGGCGGAUCCGCGGCGAGCGCGCCUGAGCCUCGCGACUCCCCGGAAUUUCCACGGGAUUUCAGAAAUUUUCCGGGAUUUUCCAGGAUUUUUCCAGAAUUUCCUCGAAUUUUCCCGGAAUUUCUGAAAUUUUCUGGGAUUUUCCCAGAAUUUUCCCGGAAUUUCCCAGAAAUUUCUGAAAUUUUCCGGGAUUUUUCCAGGAUUUUCCCAGAAUUUUCCCGGAAUUUCCAAAAUUUUCCGGGAUUUUUCCAGAAUUUCCUCGAAUUUUCCCGGAAUUUCUGAAAUUUUCCAGGAUUUUCCCAGAAUUUUCCUCGAAUUUCCCAGAAAUUUCUGAAAUUUUCUGGGAUUUUUCCAGAAUUUCCGGGAUUUUUCCAGAAUUUUUCCGGGAUUUUCCGGGGCGAUUUCCUCCCUUUUUUUGUACACUCGGGUUUUCCCUUUUUUGGGGGGGUUGUUGUGGGAAUUCCUGGUUUUUCUACACGCGGAGAUUUUUGGGAUGGAAAACGGCGAUUUUGGGAGCGGGGGUGGGGGGAAACGCCAAAAAAAAUUCGGGAAUUUGGGGGUAAAAACGGGAAUUUGGGGGUAAAAAAACGGG